UGAGAAUGGAAAGGAGUGUGUGUUGCGCGCGGCUGAGAGUUCUAGAAUGUGGUUAUGAUUUGACUCUGGCUCAAAAAAGUAACAAAGUGGAGUCAGGGCCGAUACAUCGGACGUGCAUGCAGGUUAUCCCAACCAGCGACAAUAUUGGAGACAAGCGAAGGUUUUUGGUGGCUGCACUUCUGCGGGAUCAUGCAUGAUCAGCGCCGCCGGUGAAAAAGAC